CAAUUUUUUUAAUCUCAUAAAUCUCACAAUUUCAACAUUCAAUAAAGGUAUUUAAUAAAAUGUAUCCAAGAGCCACACAGUCGAACGGGAUUCCAGGAUCAUCCACAUUUCUUAAUCUAACAUCAACGAUGCCGAUAUAUCAUCAGCCGCAUCUCGCGUCGGUGAACUAUGGCAAUAUAGAAAUGUAUUCUACGGGACAAAUAUGCAAUCCAACAGAUCUCAGCAAUUUAAACAAUUCUUUCUUCCAAAUAAGCAAUAAUUCUAAUUCUGCCGAUUGUAACUGUAUAAAUAGAGUACAGUCUAGUGCAUCAUGGACAAGGCAAGGCGACCAGGCGUCUGAACCAAAGCCUUUAGUUUCCUAUUAUCCAAAUCUGUCAAUAUCAGAAAAAUCGAUGAAUUCUUACGAGAUCAUGUCAGAAAACGGCACCGAUUAUUCAGAAUAUAUACCAUCUCUACCACUAACCAUAAACGAAUCCGAGAGGGAAAACAUGUAUCAGUGCUUUGACAAUAAGUUGAACGCGGUUAACAACAUUGAUGACAUCAAUCAUUGCAAGCAUUAUAUGUAUCAAAAAAACCAAUUUAGUGAGAUGUUGCCUUUAAAGGAGACACCGACGCCUAGUAUAACAUUGGCAUAUGGUCAUGAAGACAAUCAGAUUGCAUCUAAACCAAACCUUUCGUUUUCAAGAAAUUAUUAUUCGAAUUUGUCAUCGAGUUUGUCACAGAAAACGACAAAUUCUUACGAGAUUGCGUCAGGAAGCAUCAAUCAACAGUUUACAGUACCUCUGGAUUAUCUACUACCAACCGUAAACGGGCCCAUUGAAUCCGAAAAGGAAAACAAAAUAUAUUACGAUCCAUCGAAAACGGAUAUCGAUUCCGAAUAUCUCUUUGACUCUAAUAAUUCCAACACAAGCAUGUGUCAUAUAUGUUUCAAGACAUACAGUAAGACGUCGCAUCUAAAGACGCACUUAAGGGUACACACCGGCGAACGACCGUACUCUUGCGAUUGGCAAAAUUGCGGCAAGAGCUUCACGCGAAGCGAUGAGCUGCGGCGUCAUAUGCGCACGCAUACCGGCGAGAAGACGCACAUCUGCCAUAUAUGUGAAAAGAAGUUUACGAGAAGUGAUCAUCUCAAGAAGCACAUUAAGACGCACGAGAGGGAGGGGGAGUACCAAGACGAGACUGGAAAGGAUACGAACGAAAAGCAUAACGUGUCUGUAAAUUUUUCCACGGAUAUUUCGUUCUUUUGCUAAUUUGUGAGGCGUACUAUCGAAAAUUUUCGCGAUCUAAUAUUAAUUGAUCAUCGAAUAACAGAUUACAUGAUCUCCAAUUUAUUUGUAAAUAUAUUAUGAUUAAAAAGAUAAAGACUAAUGCAAUGUAGUAAGAAAUAGCUUUAAAAUAAAAAAACCCAAUAUCUACAAACGAUUUUUUGUUGUACUACUAUUUUUCUAACAAAAAAAUAUUAAAUUAAUAUGUGUGUGUGUAUCUUCCAGGUUAAGAUAAUUUUGCUAAUCGAUAUAUUAAUUUUGCU